AUGCUCUCACUUACCGAAGAGGGAACAGGCAUCCUAAAAACACAUGUAACCCGCGAGCUGGUGGAAGAAGCAUUACAACAUAAUUUCAACACAAAGGCCCGUUUUGGAGAUGACUGGACGGCGACGUAUAUUUCGGAAGGCAAGGGUUUCAUCUCCAUCAUCGGUCUCAUCGAGCCAAAGUGGACGGAAGAUGCUGACCGUCUGCCAGAAAAGUUUAUUCUCAAAAUGCCGACAUGCGUCAAGUGCCGGGAAAUGGCCAGGUCGAUGAAGGAGCAUACGGCCGAGGACGAGGCGCGAUUCUUGGCAAAGUGGCAAGUGUAUGUGAAGACGAUUCACAACGCCGAGUGCGAAUUCUACGACUACUUGAAAGGGGCCGGAGUGCCUGCAAAGGAGCUUCAUAUCCCUGAGAUUUACGGACACCGAGAAUUUGCCGGUGACGACGACGUCUACGGGUUCAUGCUGAUGGAAUAUUUGGACAGGGCGUUAACGAAAAAUUUGACGGAUUGCGUAGCGCCGGAGAAGGCGGAGCAGGCCCUCAAAGCCUGGGCUCGCCUACAGGCCCACACGUACACCGACGAGUUCUUGAAGUUGAAGUGCUUUGAGGAGAACAACUACCGAAAGGUGUAUGCGGAGAUGAUGGAGAGCAAGAACCUGAUCGACAUGUUCAAAUCGCUGGAGGAGCCUUACCCGGAGCUGCAAGAACUUAUCGAUGAAGCACUGGCCGUGAAGGACGAGGUGUAUGACUUGGAGAGGCUGGACACGGAACCGGAACGAUGGGGAAUCAAGCCCCUAUUGGCGCACGGUGAUAUGUGGUCCGCGAAUAUUUUGUGGAACACUGCUGGCGAGGAUUUGAAGGCGCUGAUCGAUUUUCAGUUAAUUCACCUCUCGGCACCUGGCGGCGAUCUGGCUCGAUUUUUCAUCACAAUCAUCGAGAAAGAUCUGAUGGAAAAGUACUACGCCGCUUUCCGAGAGGCGUUAGGGCACGAUAGGGAGAUGCCAUUCACGCUGGAAAAGCUAAAAUCCAACUACUACUCGGUCUACCCGUUCAACGCCCUCGUCAAUAUCGCCAUGUUUGGACCGAUAGCAAAUUAUGUGGCGACAAAGAUCCCAGACCCCAAGGCCCGAGAAAAGAACCGGGCAGUCUGCUCAGAAAAGGUGAAGGCGAUGCUGGAGGAUAUGUUGGAGCAUCACAAGAAUAGGAAA